UGUGUCAUGGAAGCAGCACUUCCAUCCUGACGCUGUCCUUCCUUCCAUGGCAGAGAAGCCCAUGCCACGCGGUCCCCCGGGUGGCGUUAUCGGCAUCCUCGGAGGCAUCGUGGCCAUCGGCCUCAUCAUUGGCGUGACCGUUACCGUGGUGAUGGUCCAUCGGCGCCAGCAGAAGACCCGCACGGAGACAGAUAAUGACCUCGUGGCGGCUGUAGGCGACGGUUGCGUGACGGAGGCGGCAGAGAAGCCAGAGUCCGCCACAAGGACCGACCUCCCGCCCGCCCACAAGCCUGCCCCUCCCCCGCCCAAGAAGAAGAACAGCGACAUGAAGGGACACCUGACUUCUGAUGACAUCCAGGUGGUCCAUCUGGACAAAGACCAGGAGAUACACAAGUUGCCCCUCCAGCCUCCUUAUUAUGACAUCGCGCCCUCCGAGUCCACCGCCUUUACCGACAAGUCGGACUCUGGGAAUCCUCCGGAAGAACCGCUGAACCCCGCCGAGUACAUGAGCCACCAGCGCGACAUGGAGCACCUGCCUGAGUCUCCGCCCCCCCAAGCUCACCUGCCCGUCACCUUCCUGCCUCAGCACGCCUACGCCCAGCCCCCCUCCAACGAGCCCAUGUACUCCAACACCGGCUUCUCCCCACCCGGCCCGCGACCACCCUUCCCCAAGGAGCAGUCUGUGUGACUCUCGGCUACGGGCGGCAUUUACCGGAGUCUGCCCACCUGCAGCUAAACAGCCCCGCCCCUGAUCUGUUCCCAUCCGGUUUACAGGGUAAAACACAUAUGAGCCGCCUCCUUUUUGUGUCAUGCACUGCCGCUAACACCCCACCCGAUUGCUGUGUGUUUCUACUUCCUGUGUGCCCUGUUUGUUAACACCGUCACUGACCAAUUCACUCAGCUGCCCGAGUCACCGAGUUUGCAUGAAAAACAUCGGAAUAUCUUUCAACUGUCUUUCUUUUUCAGAACUGAAAGCCUUUUAACUGGUAGUUGUGAAUCUCUUUGCCGCUUGUUUAGCCAGAACUACAUCAACUUGUCUUUGAUGCCAGUAUUUACAGUACUUUUCCCAGUACUUUUGACGAUAUACUUUUGAGUGCACACACCUUGUUGUAUUCCAACAUUUUUGUGACGAUCCAAAAUGGUCAAAGUUUACGACUUUCUGUGAGUUGGGUAAAUCAGACAGCACGCUUCCUUCCUUCGGUCGUCACUCUACGUUCACUUUCUUUCCCCGAGUGUCCAUCAGAACGUGGCUGUUUCCUUCUUGCAAGUCCGGUGUUUGCUGCCACGUGUUGUAGUGAUAGUUGAAGAAAUUGUAAUCACCAUCAAGAAAAAAAGACUCAUGAAGAUGAAUACAUGCUAGUUUGCUGUUUUCAUGGACGUUUCAGCUUGUUAGAAGUUCAUGUUGGCACAAUUAGCUUCCGGUAAACGCACACACACACACACACAAACACACACACACACACACACAUACACAUGAGAAGAAAAGGGCUGCUAAAAAAUGCUACUGCUAAAGUCCCAAAGGUACCAAAAAUAGUAGCUAACAUUUGUCUUGAUCGGGAACAAUCAGAAACUUGACGUUCUUUGAGUUGGAAUGUUCAGGAGGCCACUUUAAAACAACACAAUGCACUUCCAGCUUAAAAGGGAACUGCACUUUUUGGAGGGAAUGUUGCCUAUCCUUCACAAUCUCUAAGAGAUCUUUUUUUUAUCUUUAAGGCAAGCUAAUUGGUUAGUAAAAGUCCACAUCCAAUAGCGCCAAUGAGAGGUCCUCCAUUCCGUCCAUAAAGUCCUCUCAUAAGCAUCUAAAAAAAAAAACCCACCAACAAUACUCUGUUUCCAUUGUGGAUUGAAUUUUGACCAAGUAUUAGCGGUAUUGUUGUUAUAAUCAGAGCUCGUUGAAGUUUAUUCUAAAUCACAAAGCUUUACCUGGAUAGUAGAAGAAUGAGGACGUAUUCCUACAAUUCGGUCAACCUUGGUGUCCAAUUUAGACCCAGCAAUGGCGGGAAAGACAGGAAAACAUGCUUGGUUCCACUCUCAUAUUUCCUUUGUGAGGAUAAUGAUUCAUUGUUGAUGUAAAGGGGAAUAUAUAAAUGUCCCAGUGAGAGCAAACAUUGUACAGUAAGUGAUUGUUUUAUUAUGUGUGUUGUCUCUCAUCAAGUCUGCCGUGUUUAGUCGUGUUGUUGUUGAAGGGAAAGUGAACGUUGUGAUGCGUCUGUGAAAUGAAUACUUAAAAUGAUGAAAAUAUGUAAAUAUUACAUGUUAUUAUGAAUGCUACUAGAUACUACAUAUACCGUAUUUCCUUGAAUUGCCGCCGGGUAUAUAGUAUGCGCCUGCCUUGAAUUACUGCCGGGUCAAACUCGUUUCGCAAAAUAAUUAGCGCAUGGUUAGCAUUACCGCCGGGUCAAACUCGUGAUGUCACGAGUGGCACUUCCUCUCUCAUCAUUUUCAAAAUGCAGGAGGCUGAUUUCAAUCAUUUGAAAUCGCAUAAAGGGAAGAAGACUAAGAGCUAUUCAGUAGGAUUUACGGUCCAAGCAAUUGAAUACCAGUAUUCUAAACAGAACAGUAAGCAGCUAUGUUUUAUUAAUAUACCGUAGCUGCGUGUGUCAAAUAUGAGUCAUUAAAUGACUGCCGCCUCCUGGUGGUAGAGGGCGCUAGUGAUCCUUCUUCUGACUACUUGGCUGCAGAAGAAGUGACAAUGAGAGACGUGAUAUGUGCUGGGAACGGAUUUGACCCGAGGGGUGCACGCCGGACCUUUUAGGAUGUAACACCACUACUCCUAUGCUUGCUAUGUAAACAACCGGGCUGAAAUAAAGCAUGUUCCAUUCCUAAUUAGCCAGUGUAUUAUUUAAAUAAUAACACUUCAUGGUGGCAGCGGUGGGAUUAAGAGAUCACCCACGGAAUAGAACUGGAGGGGGAGUUGCCUGAGGAUAAUUCUGUCGUCGCCCGCAUGUGAGGAGCCGAGCUAACUGAUAGCGGCGUUCUGAUAGCAGUUUUCUAAACUGGACUUUCAAUCGAAGCAGGACGUAAUAAAUGAAGAUCUCCAUCGAGACAGAGAGACUUUUAAAACUGAAGAAAGAUAAGGAAAACUUCUAAAAACAAGUCAUCAAUGCUUUUGAUCAGAAGCAGCUGGCAUGGACCAUAAUAAUGUUUUUUUUUAAUUAAAUGUGCUUUUCAUGAUGGUAUCCUUACAUCACACUCAAAUUUUUACUGCAUGCCUUUGGUAAGUGCCGGAGUGCAUGCUUGCCUUGUCCGCAUGCCUUUGGUAAGCGCCGUAGUGAGAAAAGGUUUUAAAUUAAUUAGCGCCCCGGCGGCAAUUCAAGGAAAUACGGUAUACUUACAUCAUGUAUAUAUGACAUGUUAUUAUGAAUGUUACUGGAUAGUACGUAUAUACUUACAUCAUGUAUAUAUUACAUGUUAUUAUGAAUGUUACUAGAUACUACAUAUAUACUUACAGUGUGUAUAUAAAUCCUUGGUGGAGGUUUUUGGAUGUUUUUAGAUCGACUCUGAUUGGCUGCAUUAUCAGCUGACUAUAAAUGGCUUUUUAUUACUGGUUAAGAAAGAAAAAAAAACUUCUGUGUUCUAGUCUUCUGUGGAUGAUAGACACCAUUCCAGAAAAGAUGCAGUUCACCUUUAAAGGUUUGAGCGUGUCCUUUUAAGUUGUUAGUUUAAAGGCCUACUGAAAUGAGAUGUUCUCAUUCAAACGGGGGUAGCAGCUCCAUUUUAUGUGUCAUACUUCAUCAUUUUGCCAUAUUGCCAUAUUUUUGCUGAAAGGAAUUAGUAGAGAACAUCCACGAUAAAGUUUGCAACUUUUGGUCGCUAAUAAAAAAGCCUUGCCUGUACAGAAAGUAGCAGACGAUGUGCGCGUGACAUCACGGGUUGUAGGGCUCCUCACAUUGUUUACAAUCAUAGCCUCCAGCAGCAAGAACUGUUCGCCAUUAAUUUGAGCGAGGAUGAAAGAUUUGUGGACGAGGAAAGUUAGAGUGAAGAACUAAAAAAAAAAAAAAAGCGAGGGCUCCGGGCGGCGGCAGUGGGAGCGUUUCAGAUGUAAUUAGACACAUUUACUAGGAUAAUUCUGGAAAAUCCCUUACCUGCUUAUUGUUUUAAUAGUGUUUUAGUGAGAUUUUCAAGUCAUACCUGAAAGUCGGAUGGCUGCGGUGAAAGCCAGUGUCUCUGAGAGAAGCCGAGGAGCCAAGAUCACAGCUGCCUUUUUGACAGCUACAGGAGGAGGUCCCAUAGUCCACCGAAGUCUCCGGUAAGAGGCGACUUAAUAUCACAAUUUUCCCAUCCAAAAACUUGCUGGUUGACGUAGAGAAACAUGUUCGCUUGACCGCUCUGUGUUAAAGCUUCACAACAAACAAAGGAACACCGGCUGUGUUUCGGUGCUAAAGGCAGCUGCAAUCCACCACUUUCCACCAACAGCAUUCUUCUUUGACGUCUCCAUUAUUAAUUGAACAAAUUGCAAAAGAUUCAGCAACACAGAGUCCAAAAUAUUGUGUAAUUAUGCGAUGGAAAGAGACGACUUUUAGCCCUAAGUGGUGCUGGGCUAAUAUGUCGCCUCCAACCAAUGACGUCACAAACACACGUCAUCAUUCUGCCACGUUUUCAACAAGAAACUCAACGGGAAAUUUAAAAUUGUAAUUUAGUUAACUAAAAAGGCCGUAUUGUCAUGUGUUGCAAUGUUAAUAUUUCAUCAUUGAUAUAUAAACUAUCAGACUGUGUGGUGGCUAGUAGUGGCUUUCAGUAGGACUUUAAACACACAGGUGGAGACAGACUUUAUUUCCUACUUCGCCAGCGAUUAUUCACACACACACACACACACACACACACACACACACACACACACACACACACA